AUGGAUCAAUUUGAAGAAUUUUCCGAGUACACAACCCGAAACCCUGCCUAUCAGAUACUUGCUUUUUACACAUGGUGUUUAAGUCUCCAACCUAGACCACUGCGAGGACGUAAUUUUUCAUUAGGUGAACUCCGUAAUUACCUCAUGGUAUACCUACGAUCCACAGACAACCAUGCAAAUAUAAAUUUUGAAACAAAUAUUCGCGAUUUACAAUUUAAGAUCUCCAAAGAAGAGGUUCCUACCCAUGAAUUUGAACGCUCUAUCUACUUGUUCAAAUCAGGAAGCGACCGUGAUAUUUGGUAUUACACCUUACAUGUUGCCGACCUACUUACCCGUGGAGCUGCUCCAAUUCUCCCAGAAUUACAAAUUCCGUUAACACAGAAGAUUACAUCGACUAGUAUCAUACUGCUAAGGAUCUCAGAAUCCUACGCUUAUGACCAUACUAAAUCCGGCCUCGAAGAGACAUUCUAA